AUUUUGGAAUUGAUCUAGCUAGAUGCAACAUGUCAAAAAAUGAAAGGGUGCCUUUCUCGCUCCCGUUUAUUGACAAUGAAUUGAUAUGUUUAUAUACAGUAGUACAACUGUCUCCCAAUGCUAAGAAUCAGUGGGCUAGUGGGCUUGUUCAUGUUGUGGGUGAGAGAUUCAGAUGUUUGUUCAGAGAGGGGCCUUUGAGAGGUUCCACAGAAUGAGAGAGAAAUGAGAGAGAGCGACUGCUUUGAGGACCCAGUCUGUUCAUUUCAGAGCUGUUCAGCGGCCCCUCACUAAAAUCCACUGCAAUACAUUCCUCUGGCAGUGCAGUAUAGGAUGAAAGCUAAAAGCUAGCCGGGAGGAGUACUGAGGUCAUUUCUAAUUCCCUCCCUGCUGUGUGAAAGAGUGAUGACAGUCUGGAGUACCUCUCUGUUGAGGAGCGGGCGUGCCUCAUGUUUCUGGAGUCCACCAUUGAGUCCCUGGAGAUGGAGGAGGACAGUGGCCUGUCCAAUGAUGAACCAGACCCCAGCAGCCUGGCAGCCGAACAUGACCACCUCUCUAUGGGACAGACUAGCCUGGAGGAUGUAUCAAAACUCCAGCAUGACGACUCAGGAAGAGAUCGGAAGUCUUAUCUGAACUGCCGAGUGCCUACACCACUUCUUCUGGCAAAUGGCCUUGCCAGUAUCCAGCUCAAAGUCACAGGGGCAACCACUCAUCCCAGUACCCCAACUGCAGCAAUUGAGCUCAAAGCCCCAUUAGUAGCAACCCAACCCAGUACCCCAGGGGCAGUCACUGAUCUGAAACCCCAAAAGGUAAUCACUGAACCCACAGUCCCAGAAGUAGUCACAGACCCUAAAGCUCCAAAGAUAGCAACUGUGCCCAAGACCUCAGAGUUGUCUUCUGACAUCAAAGCUCCUGGGUUGGCCACUAUAACAAAAGUUCCGGUGCUGUCCACUGAAUUUAAAACCUCCAAAACAACCCCUUCAUUAGCCACGUCAGAUUUACCCACAGAUGAUUCUGUGGACAACAUGCCUAAAGGAGUCUCUGUAGACAGCAAGCCUGCGAAGUGUAACACUAAGGUUCCAUCUGAGCUGGAUCUGAAGCUGAUUCCCCCUCCCUCAGACUUCAGGGAUGAUGAGCUAGAGGAAAAGAGUGAUCCUCCAGUGCCUGCAGAACUCAGAGGUCCUCUGACCUACAAUGAGCUGGAGCAACUACGCAGGCAGGUCUCCAUGAAGAGAGCUGCACCAGCCUCCCCUGGAGCCCAAGAUGCACCACCUUCUAAACCCUGUGUUGAUCUGCCUGUCAGUGCCCAAGCACUACCCUCCCCCUCAGAUGUCCUACCCACCCCUAUUCCUGAGGCCCUGGAACCAAAGAGCCGACCUGCUGUGGCCCCUAAGCCCAAGAGGCUUCCCUCCAACAUUAUCCUGAAGUCUCACAAGUUAGACAGUCACCCAAGCCCCUCGCCCAUUGACAGGUCAAUGAUUGACCCCCAGAAGGUGCGCAGGGAGGCCCUACGGAAGCUUGGGCUCCUGAAGACUGAAGAUGGAGACUCAGGCCCUGUCGUUUCAUCCAAAUCCAGGAAGUCAUGGGCAUCCCCUCCUUCUCACAGCCUGGUUACCACCCAGACCAAAGCCCCAGCCAAAAUCCCUACCCCAGCUCCAGUCCCAGCCAUCACCCUUACCCCAGUCCCUGCCAUCACCCUUACCCCAGUUCCUGCCCCAGCACUAACUCCAGCACUAGUCCCAGCCCCAGUUUCAGCGACUAUCCCAGCCCCUCCCACUACCCCAGCCCCAGUCCCAGCCCAAUUCAGUGACAAUGCCAAAACUCUGCCCUCACCUGCUACACUUCCUUCACCACCCAAGCAUAUUCCCCCUCCCAUAGGGGUCAAAUCAGCGACUCUGGAGCGCUCCGGCAAGGGCCUGAGCAGCUACGUGGCCAGUAAUGCCUCCCUCAGGGCCAACCAAGGUCCCAAAGUCGCACUAUCCCCUGGCAACCUGCGCAACUCUCGACCUCGCCCUGCCUCCCUUGGAACUGGGAAAGACUUUGUGAAUGUUCAGGGUGAGGCCUCCCACCCCCAGCCAGUUCAUGGGGAGUCCCAUAACAAGCUGCCCCGCUCCCAUGGCAUCAGUGUGCUCAUCUGCCCCAACAGCAAGAGUGGAGAGGACCGACGGGAGGCCCUGAAGAAGCUAGGACUGCUGGGGGACUGAGGGCAUGAAGAGGGGCAAUGGAACUGCACCAUUACAGAAUCAAUAUGAGGGGUGAGGUCUGAGGAGGAUGUUCUUAAUAUGGAUUCCGUACAACUAAGCCAUCCUCUAGUCUUUGGUCACUGGGACACUUACAUUUAUGAGAAGAUUAUUCUCCCCAUAAAAAUGCCUUCUUUGAAGCAAUAUGCAAGGAGCACUAUUUGAUUGAUGGAGAAUUACUUGGCUCUACAGACAGCUACAGUAUAUAUUCAUAGAGGGCAGUGUCUUUUUGCCUUACUGCACAGAAAUGCUGUAUGUACCCGAAGACUGCCUUUUAAUGAAUAUCAUGAUUACAAUAUACUACUAUGAGAUACUACACUAACUACAGUAUGCAGUACAGUAGGUAAAUGAAAGGCUGUUUGUAAACCUCAUUUGACAUUCAGUAAUUUUCUAAAUAAAAUACAAUAAACUCCAUGAGGGAUGUUGUGUUAUGAAAUUGUAUGGCAUCCUCUACACAAUCUGUUUUCUAAAAUGGAGAAUAGACAUGAUGUUAUUGUUACAGUUAAGGAUGUGCCUUCAUAACUUCUCUUUUCACGUAACCCUUUGACAAGAAUACUAUCGUUUUAACUUCCUAAAGUUCCUCUAACCUCAAAGUUAUUGUUAUUUUGGGGGACCAUGGCAACCAGUAAAAAUGUUUUUGCUGAUUUGCAAUUUGACUCUGACUCAAUUAAAGGUGUCUAAAGACUU